UGUUCGUUGUCUUGUAGUAUGUCCCGUCGCUGUGUCUGAAUGUCUUGCCAGCGUGUCUGUGUUCCGUUCAAAUCCACAAAGCCCUGUCCACCUGUCAUUUUCUCACCUGUAUAAAACUGCAGUUUCUCACCGCGUGUCUAGUGAUACUGUCAUUAUCCCACAAAAGAGAAAGGCUGGUUCCAAUCACGCUUGCUUGCUUUGACCAAGCAGCUCAUUUGCCUUCGGAGCCGACGAUCAUGUGUAUUUGUUAUCAAUCGACUGCGUUGGAUGACAACUAAGUACGUUUAUUCUAGCUACGUUAAACUCUCAACGACUGUCAUCCGAGAAACAUCAUUUCGAUCCCGCCAAACCUUGCCGCCUUCAGCAUUCCAGAAAGGGUUGCGUCAUAGGAUCUGGGGUUACGUUUUCCCGGCUGCCGUAAGGAAUUGCAAGUAACCCUGCUGCUCAGUACUAUACCGGUGCGGCAAUCGCUUGCUUCAGAUGCAUUUUACUGGCUCCUACGGUCAAUAAGUUCCAUUGUGAUGUGUCACUUACGCCAGGGCGAACCAAGGAGGGUCCAGCGCUGCCAUCUGACCCCAAGCAAAGAGAGAUGAAACUCAAAUAUUGUUAGUAUAGUUUACCCCCAUUUAGCUGUAGUACUCAGCAGGCUGCCUGUUGCUUUGUCAGCCUUGCCGGCAACGUAAAAUUUUGCGAUCCGCUCUUCGUCAUAACGUAACUUUUUGUGUUUUUCCCGACUUGACAAAAAUAACAGAUACGUCGUCAGCCACAGGGUCUUUUCAACAAAUCCUACAUCCGCCCGAACCAAAAUUUCGUUGUUAUUUGUCAAUUCAAUGCGGAGUGAUGACCAUACACGUUAAUCUUGAUCUAGAAGUUGCCGACAUGGAGAGAGAUGUGCAACGCUUUAGUUAGACAGUCCAAGGACUAAGGACCAGCGACCCUGGAAGAGCACGUAACAGAACAAGAGUGGGAGAAAGUUAUGCAAAAAACAUUGACGAAACGAAGCCUCUAAGGGAACAAGGAAUUGGGAGAAACUGACGAAAACGGAGAGCAACCACUCGCAUUCUAACCGAGAACGAACAGCAACUUCAAAAACUCUGACAAAGAUGGCCUCUCAAGGAGCACACCCUGCCUGCCUCUUCCUGGCCCUCACUCUGCUGGUGACGGCGGCGGCGACGGUGAUCCUAUGCACUGCCAUCCUCACCAACCACUGGGAGCUCAUCAGCUUCGACAGGGAAGCCGUGGAGGCCAUUGCUGCCAAGUUCAACGAUACCCACACCCUCGAGUGGCUGUGGGACGGGAAGGUCGGAAAGGUCAGCAUAGAAUGGCGGGUCCGACGGCAGGACGCCGAGUUCCUGGACACCUCCAAGGGCUACACGGCUUCCAAUCCGGCCCGAGUCAGGAGACAGCCGUCCAGGGUCUUCUUCCUUGUGCCGAUGCACGGCGGCAUUUGGACGCUCUGUGUUGGGUUGACAGAAACAGAGCAACAGAAGCUGCACUCGAUGGGGUUCCCUCUUAGCGGCUGCCUCAAUUACCUCUCCCGGCACUUCAUUGACAAUGAAUCCAAGAAUGACUGGGUACAGAGAAUGCAGAACCUCAGCAUAUCUUGCUCCCUCGUCUGCUGCAUCCUGCUGGGGGCUUCGGCUGUCGUCGGCAGCUUCGGCAUCAUUCAGAGGCAGAUCUCGGCCGUCCUCAUCACGGGCGUCAUGUACAUUCUAGCAGCUACGUUCGGCCUCUUCUGCCUCUCUAUCAUGCAUUUCAAACGCAAGACGAAGAAGGAUUGUGGUGUGCUCGACUCCCAGGUGACGCCAGAGUACAGCAGCGCAAGAAUCUUCCAGACGGGUUGGUCCCUUGAUCUUGGGUGGGGUGGCGUCGUCACCUGCCUGAUGGCAGCCCUGCUCUGGCUGCUGUUGGCCCGUAUCAUGCGCUACAACCCAAUUUCUUUAUCCUGAUGUCACCCGUGUCCCUGUCCCCGCCCUUGCACUCGACAGUGCCGUCGCUUCUUCAUCUUCUGCCUACGGAUCUGUUACUGCAAGCAAUCGGCCCAGUAGGGAAAUGUGGAGCCACUACCACGACAAUAACAGUAGCUUCAGUAGUGGAAACAGUUCUGUUCAGCUAUGAUGGCAAUAACACAAAUGUUUAUUUUCCUUCGGACGUUUGGUCGGUGAAGAUGUCGCUAUGUCUUUUGUGCCUCCUUCAUGAGGAGUUACUUCCGAACAGCCAUUUAGUAACAGCACAGGGGACAGACAUACAAGCACUAUAUGUUCAAGCCCAAACAGACACGCGUGGAAAAAUGUUCUCGGCCUGAACACAGGCAUAGAAAUGAUGUUCUUAAAAGAUGUGGUCCCAAUUAUGUACCAUUUAUUCUGAAAGCUAGGGUGAGGUGGGAAUGGAGUCAUUCCGAAAUGAAGGUCACGGGAAAGCUAGCUGUCCUUUUGCUUCGGCGAGAGCAAGGCUGACGACAUACAGAAAUAACUGUGUCGAGUUAUAUAAAAAAAGUAUUUCUCUUUUACUACAAAUUUUUCCUCGUGAUCUUCUGAGAUAAUUCUAUGCGAUCAUCACCAAAUUCUUUGACUGAAUGUCAGUCUUAGCCAGUGAUCUGAAACUCAAAAUGUUGCUCUAUAUUCCUAUCAACAAAAAUCACUUUAAAUUAUCUAAGAUUAUCGUUCUCUAACCUUCGCAGUGAAGCCGAAAAGAAACGAUGGUUUCAUCUGCAGUGUUGUGGUUACAAGACGGUUAUAUACUUACAACAUUUUCAACCAAAAACUCAUAUUUAUUUGGCAGAGGAUAAAUGAGCUGGCUCGGUGAACUGGAGGCUGGACUUCGGGCAAUCAACUAUUAAAAGCAUUACUGGUGUUAGUAGCAGUGUCAUCAAACUGAUGAUGACACCGAUUGAACUAAUAACGCUGAAUUUAUCUUGUAAUCUUCACAUGCUUUUUGCACAGUUUUUCAUCCUGAUAUCAGCUUUGGCAACUCGAUGCUUGAAGCCCAGUCGACGAUGAGUGAUCUAUCUCUUCUACUUGAGACUUGACACGGAGAUCUUCAGCAAGGAAAUUUUGUGGCGAUAUAGCACCAUGUUUACCACGGUGUAGUACUUGCUCUUGGUAAGUCAUUCCUUGGAAGUGAACGCAUUUUUACAAUGCACAGGAAAAAUGUCUUGAAUGGAAAGAGCAGAGGCGUCAGAAACUGUGCAAUAGUUCGCAAUAAACAAACGACUGAAUGAAUGGCCUGCCACUUGGACCUUAUUCUAAUCAUUUCCUGCGAUUCCAACAUGAAACCACUCGUGUCAAGCUUUUCUCCAUAAGCUUCCCAUUUACCCAAUGGCCAGAGCUGCUGUUGAUGUUGUAACCCAUGAUUGCUUCUUAGUCUGGAAAACCUUCCUCAUAAAAGCUCAUCAUCACUUUAGCUUUUAAGGAAAACUUGGUGGAUUCAUCCCAAGAGUUCUCUCAUCCUCUUCAUCACCAUCACACACACACACAGGCAUCGUUACAAAGGCGACUGCGUAUCUGAACCAGUCCCUUAUGAUAUGUGUAUAAUACUCAAAUUGUUCUCACACACCGUGCAUCUGGAUGCCGCUCCCAUCAUCGUCAUCUCGCUUGUUGAGGAAUCCAUAGAACAGCUACUACUACUACUCACUUUAUGUAAAUACGAAUAUAAAAUAAUAUAUAUAUAUAUAUAUAUACAUCUAUUUUUCUUGUAAAUUUUUGUGCACUUCGUUUCAACGGUUGCUUAAGAAUGGAAGCCAUUUUGCGUUUUUCUAUUGUAUAUUGUACCAUAAUCAUAAUACAAUGAUUGCUAAAUAUUAUAUACUGUUCCCAUUUCACACUAAAUGGAUUGCACUAGCAAAUAAGCAAAACGUGUUUCUUUUUUAUACAUUAAGGUGCUUCAUUGUGAUAUUUUCAAUCAUUCAAUUGCUACUACAGAGAAUUGUUAUAAGACCCAAUGCGGCAGUUAUGGCUGGCAAAAAAAGUAAUGUAAUCUCCUGAAUAAUUUGCAACAUGUAAAGCCUGCACAGUUGACUUUCCUGCUUCAUGUAUGUUUUUACAUUUCCAUCAAAUCGCUGGAUAACUGAGAUAUCAAGUUAGGUUUUACUGAAGUCAUUUCCUUCAACUCUUUUCCACAUCAAUCUUGAAUUUCGUGAAAUGUCACGAGUACUCUCUGCUCACGACCAUAAUUUAGGCCAUUUCAAAAUACCGAAAGCUAGCGAAGGAUACUGCGUUAUGCCCCAGAUUAACCAAAAUUCUAGAUCAUAGAAAACCAUCUUAAUAAGGCAGUUCGAGCACCAACUGAUUGUCGACCAUUUCCACUCAACAGGAUGUUUUGUCAUAAAACCUAUAUACGAAUCAGGAGGGUCAACUGUGCACAGAUUUGUGUAAAUAUAUGUACCUAUACAUGAAAUGUACCGAUAUUUAAAAUCGUAAAUCUCCAAAAAAGAUUAAAAAAAGCUCACGAACGAUAUGUAACAUAAAAUAAUACUCAAACUCAUUGUCUAGAGGUAGAUAAGCAUGAAUCUUCACUGUAAACAAAUCUAAUGCUAUACAUAUAUAUAUACAAGCCAUCACACACAUACUACGCUGAGUUACAAAGGAGAAUAAACUACGAUAUUUUCCCCCCCCAUAGAAUACUUCUAUAUCCCAUAGGAAAAUGCUCAAUGCUCGAUAUAUUUACAUAAAUGUUGCUUGUUGUUGAACGUUAAAUGUAGAAGUGUUAUAAAAUACAGUAUAUACGAUUAUACGAUAUACAAACGGUGUAAUCAUUG